UGAAAUUUCAUGGUGAUGGUGAUCACAGGGUGCUCUUGGUUUUGCCAAAAGCGGUCAUUUCAUUUUAAUUUUCGCGUGGUACCAUAUCGCGUUACUCGUUGUAAUUAUGAUAUUCACAAACAUUGUAUUUUUUGCAGUCAUCUUCUGACAUCUUACGCUUGUGCAACUGGCGGCGCUUUAGUAACAGCUUUGGGUCUUAACCGAUUAGUAAAGAAUGCUUCUCCUAUCGUUGGUAGGCUAGUGCCAUUUGCAGCGGUUGCAGCUGCCAAUUGCGUCAAUAUACCUCUAAUGCGAUCUCAAGAAUUAAUAGACGGUACUCCGGUUUACGAUAAAAACGACAACAGAAUUGGCGUAUCCCAGCGAGCUGCGCGUGAUGGUAUUAUUCAGGUUACUUUCAGUCGAAUAGCCAUGGCAGCACCAGGCAUGGUAUUAGUUCCAUUUGUCAUGAAUCGUUUGGAACGGAAGGGAAUCUUACGCCGACUACCAUGGAUGACACUUCCCAUACAAGUAUCCUUGGUUGGUCUGUGCCUAACAUUUGCAACACCAUUAGCGUGUGCAGUGUUCAAGCAACGAGCCGAAAUCAAAUAUGAUAACUUAGAAGAUGAUAUAAAGGAAAAGUUGAAGCAGAAAUUUGGACCGGAACUUCCUCACACGUUAUGGUACAACAAAGGUCUAUAAAGAACAAUUAGUAAAUGCUUAAUAAAGGCAAUGUGUCGACAAUAAAAUGCAAAUUUAUUUCCGAUGUUAUUAAAUUACGAAAGUUUA